GAAUUGAGUUUCCACUGAAAAACCAAAUUUGGCCUCUCACAGUGAAAAGUUGGCGGACAAGUGGGGAUUUUAGCCAUAUCCCAACCGGAUGAAAUAGAAUUAUUAUUUAUAUAUAAUAAUUCAUCCUGCAAUGGCUACACUCGCUGAAAUUUCUCCUCAAAAUUCUGGUUUUCAUUCGGAGAGCCCGGGAAGCCCUAAUCCAAGGAUGUUGACGGAAAUGAUCAGCAGGAACAAGUUUUUGGAAGCAGCCAUACCGAAGUGUGCGGGGUGCGGCGAACCUAUCCUCGACCGCUUCAUCCUGAAGGUGCUCGACAGGUCGUGGCACUCGAAAUGUUUGCAAUGUUCGGACUGCCACAGUCAACUAAGUGAUAAAUGUUUCUCCAAGGGUGAAAAAGUGUACUGUAAGGACGAUUUCUUCCGGCGGUUUGGUACGAAAUGUGCGGGAUGCGAGAAAGGGAUCCCGCCGACGGAGGUGGUUCGGCGGGCGCAGGAUAACGUUUAUCACCUCGAGUGUUUCGCCUGUCUUAUGUGUAGUCGACAACUUAACACAGGGGACGAAUUCUACCUUAUGGAAGACCGCAAACUUGUCUGUAAACCCGACUACGAGGCGGCCAAAGCUAGAGAAAUAGACCUAGAUGCUGCUAAUAAACGUCCGCGAACGACCAUCACGGCAAAGCAAUUGGAAGCCCUGAAGACCGCUUAUAACGAAAGUCCGAAACCUGCAAGACACGUGCGGGAACAGCUCAGCGCCGAGACCGGACUGGACAUGCGUGUGGUACAAGUUUGGUUCCAAAACCGCCGAGCUAAAGAAAAACGCUUGAAGAAGGACGCAGGACGGAACAGAUGGAGCCCUUACUUCCGGCAGUUGAAACGUUCAGGAGACGCAGACAGUUCACAGAGUGCGGACAAUAUGUCAGACGAUGGACAGCUCGACGGAUAUAGUGAGUAUGACCUAGAUGACCUGGAUGGGCCUGUAUCGUCAGGACGACUUUCAGAAGACAUGUUCAGCUCAGGCCAACCACUCGAUCGUGAGCCCAGUAUCGGGCAGGUGCCCGUUGGACCGUCAGGGACUCCACCCAUGGAAUCCUGGACCCAAUUUAGUACCAACAUUCCGCCCAAUGCUAGCUACCUCGGUCGUCACUCACCAAAUAUACCACUGUCUAACUCACAUAUGAUGCCGAUGGAACCCAUUCAAAUGCACGGUGGACCCAACGUGCUGAGGAUGAUUUCUCCCGACAUAAACGAAAACUCUCAAGGAUACACAGAUUAUCCGGUGGUGACGAGUCACAGUCAUGUGGAGGUAUACUGACAGACAGCCUCGAUAUCAAAAAAAUAUAUAUUAUCAUUUACAAUCUCAAAAAUGACCAGUGUUAUUCUCAGUGAUAAGUUGAAAGGAACAGCGGUGUCUUAUAUUGGAAUUUACAUGGAGCAUGAGAAAUAAUGAAUUCCCGACGUACAAGUUAAACCGAUAAAUCGGUUUCCUAUUUGCAAAAACUAAAAGAUCAGUGCUGGUGUUGUACGAACCGGAAUUCCAUAAGGACGCGGGACGGAUGAAAUGAUAUGCAACAGAAAGGAACGCCUAUCCUAAGAUAAGAUGAAAAUGCAACUACCGUUAAAGUACGACCCAUGCUUCUGAAGGAGUUGUUGCUAAUUCUUAUCGUUUGUAUAUUAUAUCAGUAGGGCAAUGCCUCAUGAUUAUCAUACUUAUUGUAAGGAAAAGGAAAUGGUGUCAUACUGGAAGUUUAACUUAGUGAGUCUCAAACAUUGAUCGACAUGAGUAAGAACACGUAUGUCUCCAACGAGGGGGCAGGAACAGGUAGAUAUCACUCUCAUGCAGAGCAAAAGACUGGAAAAAUGUGUGUGUUUUGAGUUUUCCCUCUCAUCAGAUGAGAACAUCAGAGUUUAUAUAUAUAUAUAAUGUAUGGACAAAUUAUAUAAGUAUAUAUUAUUGAGGUAGUGUAUGCUAGAUGGAUACAUAUUUUCGUAUAUAAGGAUACUAAGACAUGUGCUGUUUUCACUUCUUUAUUUUUUCAUUUUCUCCCUCUGCUCAAUCAUCUGUUUUAUUUCUUGAGUCAUAUUUACAAACCAUUAUAUGUAUAUUAAAGUGUCGUCCUGACAUGCAUAACUAAACACUCAUAUCAACAUGAGAACUAUAUUUCAUUCGUCAUAAUGAAUUGGUUAAUUGAAAGACCAAAUACAUUUUUGGUACUUUUGUACUGCACUGCAUAUUUCCUAUACAUGGAUAUCUUGGAUUUAUUUGUCACUGCACGAUAUAAAUGAUACUUAUAGAGAGCAAAUGUAUCGGUUUUCAAGAACAAACUAUUUAACAGAUAUUAGCAUAAGAUGCAAAAUUGUUGAAUAUAAAAGUAAAGAUAGGAAACCUAUUUAAAAACUGAAUGAAACAAUUUUUUAGCUCACUGUUAAAAAUUCUGCAAAUGUAUUUGUUUGAGGUAGCACUCCUUCCGUAUUUAUUUAUUUAUUUAUUGUUACGCCGAAUGUGAGAUUACCGUUGUUGGUACCUGAUAGAAUUUACCUCUGUAGUUAAUUCCGCGAGAACUCACCUAUGUAGUUAAUUCCGCGAGAACUUACCUAUGUAGAUAUUCGCUAAGGUUUACCUGUGCAGAUACUCGCUAUGAUUGAUCCGCGGAGAUAUACGCCAGAAUUCACCUGUGUAGAUACUCGCCCGAAUUUACCUGCGUAGAUACUCGCUAGAACUUACCUGCGUAGAUACUCACCAUAAUUUACCUUCUUGGAUACUCACCAGAAUAUCUUCGUAGAAUCUCUAGAACUUACCUGUGCAGUUUCCCGCUAGAAUUUACCUGCGUAUAUAUUCGCUAGAACUAACCUGUGUAUUUACUCGCAAUAAUUUAAUU